GAUCGCCAUUGGGGGAGGGGACGGCUCGAUCGUGGAAGCCAAUUUUCCAAACGCCUCGGUGAAUCAGUUCCAAAUUGGUACUGAUCGCAGACGGUUGGUUAGCUCGUUUCGGUUCACUGUUCAGCUGGUUCAAGUGCAGUUUAUUUUUCAUUUCGAUAACCGCUGAGCAGCAGUCAAAAUGUUGAAGAUUGCUUUCGUUGCCGCCGUGGCCACGCUGUGUGUGGUCCAAUCCGUCAAGGUUGACUACUACGGCUCCCUCUACCAUCAGGACGAACUGCACGCUCCCUACAAAAGCGCCAAGGAACCCAAGCAGGACUUCAGCAAGAUCCCCGGCGAACCAGGAAUUGACUACCCGAUCUACCACGAGGUGCCACACACUAGUUUCAGCUGUUCGCACGUUCCGGCCAUCCCCGGAAUGUACGCCAACGUAGAAACCGGCUGCCAGGCGUACCACACUUGCCACGAUGGCCGCGAAGGAGACCAGGGUGCGUCGUUCCUUUGCACCAACGGAACCAUCUUCAACCAGAAGGAAUUUGCCUGCGACUGGUGGUACAACGUCAAGUGCGAUGAUGCCCCGGCCCUGUACCAUCUGAACGCCGACCCAGCGCACAAUCCCUUCGUGCCGAAGAAGAAGCCAGAGGAUGAGCUGCACCACGGAAAGUUCCUGAUCCACGUCUAAGCCGGGACCACCGCGCACCACCAGCGCAGCACCACCGACCGACCGUCAACCAGCCAGCAGCAGCGGUUGAUUCUGUCUUUAUCAAACUUUGUUCUCGUUUUUUUUCUUUCGUUGUUCCCGUUGCCCGUUCGGAAUUGUUAAGUUUUUGUGGAAAAGUUUCCCCUUCGGUUUCUUGAUUGUUUUGUUUCGUUUGGGAUUACCGAUUUUCUUGGCAACAGCAGCAGCAGCAGACCCAACAUGGUUGGUCGACGAAAGCUGUUGUUCUUGGUCGGUGUUUUCCCCGAGUUGUAAAUAUUUCGCUUUUACGCCAUUAUAAUGAUUUCGCGGUAGUCAGGUAGGAGUAAGCAGGAUAAUGUAGAAAAAUAUACGAGCUGAAAAUGAGGAAAAUUUCAAA